AAGUUCAGUCGCAUUGGCCCUCUGAAUGGGUUUUGGGCGCGGCGAAAUUGCUGCGCAACUCUUCAUGCAGAUGUGACGAUGCGAUGGCUGUUGAGAUGCCUGGCCUACACUGUCUGGCAGGCAAGAGCUCGCAACGUCCAUUUCUACACCUAUUCUGACACUAUCCCACAUCCAGGGCUGUGUGCCCUUGCAGAAGCAGCCUAUGAACUGGGCCAUGGCCUGCGGGUCAUGGGGCUCAGCAAGAGGCCGGGCUACAUUCUCAUUCACAACCAUUCGCCAACCCUCAAGUUUUUGAUGCUACAGGAGGUCUUAGAGUAUGAGGUGAGCAAAGGCCGUAUCCAUGAGGAUGACAUUGUCAUUUUCUCAGAUGGUCAUGAUGUCUUGCUGCAGCAAUCGCUUGCGGAGAUUUUCGUGGCCUACAGUCGAUUCCCUGACUGGCCUUAUCUUAUCUCUGGGGAACGCAAUUGCUGGCCUUGGCCACAUACCCAUCCAUCACAUGGGACAUGGGAUUUGAACGACCAGAUCCCUUUUGCGAACCAGUCAUGGACGAUAAACCGAUGGAUCAGGUUCCUGCCUGAGGACUUCUGUCGAAUGAUUCGAGGAGAUGGUCCAUACCCGUACCCCAACAUUGGUUUGUCCAUGGCUCCAGCAAAGCGCUUCAUAGAGGUGCUGAAAAGGAACAACAAGAUCGUGCUUGAAGAGGAGAUGAAUGAUCAAGGUGCUAUGUGGUUGGUGAUCUUCCGCUAUGCUGAGGAGUUGAAUAUCCAGAUAGACCAACAUGCAGAGGUCUUCCUCAACAUGUUGGAAUACAAAGCCGGCGAUCUCGAGCGCGAACCCUGCGACAAGACCUGGUUCCGCGGCGCAGGCGGCUUCGGGCGGCCACCACGGAAUGCCUUGACCAACACAACUCCGGGCAUCUUGCACUUCAACGGACCUUCUCAUGAGGAUGGAGUAUGGCCCAGCUGCUACCAUGUCAUCAAUGGAAAGUUCCGAAGAAAAGAGCACGGCCACGCGUUCUACGAUAUAGAUCAUGACAUUUUGGUUGGAACCGACAACAUUUGCGACUACAGUUGGUAUGACAUUCAUAGUUUUCAUGCGCAUCCAUUGAACCACUACCAAGUCGACUUCCUGGAGGGAUUCUACAAACUUCCCGUAGACCCUGGUUUGUUGGCGUGGAGAGGUGAUGCCUCAGCAGUGGACAAAACAAAUUUUGGCAGCGAGGCGGACUUGCAACGAAAGUCGCCUCGGCUACACAAGGCCCUCCAAUGAGUAGCUGUCACCGCGGCGAUGCGGAUGAAGAAAAUCGGGCCAUCAGCUGAUGUCGAACGAUGGAGGGAUGGACAGCACAAAA